UGCUGCUGGGGCCGGAGCGGGGACGCGGCGGAGCGGCGGCGCCGGCAGCCACAGACCCACGGGCGGACACGGGCACGGACACGCACACGCAGCCACACGCAGCCGGAGACCCCCGCACCCCGCGCGGACCCCCGCAACGGUGGAGAAUGAGCCAGGGAGACGCCAACCCCGCAGCCAUCCCUCACGUGGCGGAAGAUAUCCAAGGAGAUGACCGGUGGAUGUCUCAGCACAAUAGAUUUGUCCUGGACUGCAAAGACAAAGAGCCCGACGUCCUCUUUGUGGGGGACUCCAUGGUGCAGCUGUUACAGCAGAACGAGAUCUGGCGAGAGCUGUUCUCCCCCCUCCACGCAUUGAAUUUUGGGAUCGGCGGGGACACGACAAGGCACGUCUUAUGGAGGCUGAAGAACGGAGAACUGGAGAACAUUAAACCCAAGGUCAUCGUUGUCUGGGUAGGAACCAACAACCACGAGAACACGGCAGAAGAAGUGGCCGGAGGGAUCGAGGCCAUCGUGCAGCUGAUCAACACGCGGCAGCCGCAGGCCAAAGUCAUCGUCCUGGGCCUGCUUCCUCGUGGUGAGAAACCCAACCCAUUGAGGCAAAAGAACGCUAAGGUGAACCAGCUCCUGAAGGCCUCCCUGCCCAAACUGGUCAACGUCCAGCUCCUGGAUACAGACGGGGGCUUCGUGCAUUCGGACGGCGCCAUCUCCUGUCACGACAUGUUCGACUUUCUCCAUUUGACCAGCGGCGGCUACGCCAAGAUCUGCAAACCCCUCCACGAACUGAUCAUGCAGCUGCUGGAGGAGACCCCCGAGGAGAAGCAGGCCACGCUGGCCUGAUCCGCCCCACGCCCUCUCCGCCUCAUCGGAUCGGGUCAAGCCCUGGCACUCCAGAACCCCCUCCUUCUCUCUCUUUCCCGUUCUCUCUUUCCCUCUCUCUCUGUCUCUCCCUCUCCAAGCACUUUCCAUUGUAGAAUGUUCCCAGCUGUUCAUCUCUAGCGUUGGAAGGCGGAGGUUUAAACUGGUCUCGUACAGAAUAGGUCUGGUUAACCCCAGGAGAGGGCAGGGCCAGGAAGGGGCAUCCUCUCCGAGCGGUUCUUUGUCGGAAGGGAGAACGGGGACUCUCUCUCUAGCCAUCUGGGCAACAGACUCACGUGUACCCCCGCCCUGCUCUCCCUAGGAGCCCGUCGGCCUGAAUGACGGCCACCCCGAAAACACCCUCUCUCCCGUCCCACCCUGGCCUGCGGACCUGAUCGUAGGCAGCGGUGGGGUCCGCGGUCGCCUGUCCCCGGGCCGGAGACCGCCCCGCUUCCAAUUAGAAAGUUUAUAUUUUAGAUUUCUCAUCUUAUGCUCAAGUGCGCCGUUUUCUCUUUUGUUGUUGUUUGUUUUUGGGUUUUUGUUUUGUUUUUUUGUUCGGUCAGCAUCCGAGCAGAGGAAAGUUCUCUUCGGAAGUGGGAGCGGGGGUUUGUGCCUCCGUUUAUGUCUCUCUCUCUCUCUCCUUAUCUCUGUCUCUUCCCCAUCCUCCCCACAAACGUAUGUGUGUCUCCUUUUAUAAUAACACUGUCCCGUUCUUUCUAGAAUUUGGGGAGAGGUGAUGGUGGGGCGGGGGUUUGUUUGGGGGCUCCCGAACGUCAGGUCUCUCAGUGAACUCCACCUCUGUACGUCUGCCCCCCUCCCCACCACCGUCAUAGUCCGUGUUGAUGUGUGAUGUUCCAGGCUCUAACCGUCUUAAUGGCUAUGCUGACAGGCGACCCACCCCCGGCCAGCUGCUCCCUGGCGAACGCACCCGCACCUUGUUUCGGUGGCGUGGUGCCUGUCCUGUGCUGACACUCCCGGCUGGGUGGUCUCCGCUCGGAAGCCCCGCGACCCUCCCCGGCUUCCGGUCCCUCCCCUCGGCCUGUCGUGUCCCCCCCGCCCCGGCCCUCCGGGUGCAUGUCUUGUGGUUGCUUCUCGGCGGUUUUUAUCUGUGCAUAGGUUUUUAUUCCAGCAGAAGUCGGCCUCUUCUCGUGGAGAAGAGGGGGCCGCGGGAGGCUCUGACUUUGUGAAUCGCCGCUUUCCUCCCCAGCCCCAGCAGCGUUCAGGUGAACGGAAAGGAGCGUGUUUUAAUACUUGGAAGGAGGAGACCUCACUUCUCCAUAUCCCUCUGGAACUCCGGUCCCAGCCACCCAGAAGGAGAGACAGACGUCCACGUCGGAACGGCAGCCUCCCCUCCCACACCUCCUGAAUGGGUGGGUGGCGAGGACCCAGAGGAGCAGGGGAGGGUGGAUCCGUGGGGCCUGCACUCUGAGGCCGGCGGCUGUUACUGCUGCUGUCGGUGAGUUUUGGGGGUUGGAGCGGUCUGGGGGUGGCGGAGCUCCACCCUGGAUUGGGUAGGAAUGGACAAAUGGACUGGUUUUCACUUUCUUUUCAAGGAGCCUCCUGGGGCCUCAUUUUGUUUCUUGAGCCUUCCCAUCACCCUCUCUGGCCUUCCAGAAAGCCCACCUGCUCCCAGCAAGGCUGGUCUUCCCCGAACCGGAAUUCCGGCAUAUGGAAAGCGCUUGGCUUUGGCAGGUCGGAGCCGCGUCCUCUGAGUUUUGACAGUCAACUCUUGGCCCUGCCUUCCUCCCGCCGACCCACAUUUUAGCAAGAAAGCCGGCCAGGGCCCGCGCAGAGAUCGGGGGUGGGAGGAGCGGGGGGAGGAAGGAGGGGCCGACUUUGCACCCAGGCUUCGCUUCCUGUCAGAAGGGAUUGCUGAGUGGGAAGUAGCCCCUCACCACCGGCUCUCUGUGAGGUGGCUUGGCCCGCAUCCACUGCUUGAGCCCUCACUUACUGUUCAUCUUGGCCCUCCCCACCCCCUGCUCUCGGCGGAGCCCGGUGACCACCCACCUCUGCCCCGUCCCUCCCGGGUGGCUUUGGGUGGCUGCUUUCCCAUCUGGCUCGUCUCCUUGGACAAAGCCGCCGGGGUUGUUGGCUGGGAAUUCUCCAAACCUCACCUGCAAGGGGAGGCCGGGCCCACCGUGGGGCUAAAGCCCCGACCCCGUACCGGGAGUCCUCCCCGGGCUCGGGCCUUUGAUUUACCGCUCGGCCCGUGGCGGGGUCGCCCCGGCUCUCUCCUCCCGGCCCUCCGCUUCUCUGGCUGCAUCGGCCCGAACUGCGGCUGCUGCUGCUGUUCCUGCAGCACCCGGUCUCGUCCGAUGCAUCUCGGAGCCGUGCUGCGGAGGUGCCCCUGCCUCAGUCCCGAGGCUGUGGCCCUCGCGGGGUACUCGCUAAUGUCCGGCGGGGCCAGCCGGGGUGUCCGGCCGAAUCAGACCCGGCCCCUCCUUCCGGAGGCCAAGAAGAGCCCCUGUGUCGCCCGUGUGUCCCUUGAGUGUUGGCCUGGAGGUUGUGGGUCCUCAGACUGGCUGUGAACACCCCCCCGCCCCCCUCCACCUCAGCCCCUUACUUGUCUCUGGAUUGUAUAUGUAUCUAUGUCUAUAUAUCUACGUAUAGAUCUAGAUAUAUAGAUGUAGGUGUAUAUAUACAUAUAUAUAUGUAUAAAUCCCUAGUCGCCGUUUACAGUUGUGUGCUGGAGCCUGAAGUAUUGUCUGUCCCGUGGUGUAUGAGCAUUGCCGACUAUUUAUUGCAGUGAUGAAGAAAAGGAAACGGUGUGGCUGAGGCCCAGGGACUGCGGACCCCUCCCCGUCCGCGGGACCCCGGGGUGAAAGUGAGGUGGGACGUCGGGGCGGGGGAACUAAGCUCAGAGGAUGGCACCCCCAGGGCUUCUCCCUGGCAUUUCCUGCUCGGAGGCCACAGCUGCUAACCGACCGGCCCGCCUGGCCCCGAGAGGAGUUCGUGAUUCCGCUUUGGCACGGUUGCAUCGGCCGGUAGUUGCAUCGACCCACUCUGUUUUAGUGCAGAUUUCAAUAUAAGUGUAAACAUUUCACCCAA